GUGCUUCAGUUUCAGAGAACCACUAGUACAGAGGACCAUCAUCAGUAUUAAUUUUGCAUAUAUUCCGUCUUGUCCUCACAGGUUUCACUUAUCAGGGUUUCAGUUUCGUGGAGAUUUUACUUCAACUAAUUCGCAAUGGCUUCAUCAGGGACUUUCAUCUGCCUCGCCACGCUUUUAGCUGCAUGUUGUAUGAUGACCGAGGCCAGGGGGCUAGGGAAGAUCAGGAAAGCCCGACAGAACUUAUUUGAAGUACCCUUCGACCAAACACAACCAUACGCUGGGAGUUCGCCGCUAGCGGCCUCCAGCGUGGGAGGCUCGGCCGGAGGUGGUGGUUUCGACGUUGGAGUCUUCGCCGGCGAUGGAGGAAGCGACGAUGUCGUUGCCUCCGACUCCGAAUCUUCCGAAGAAUACGACGAAGUGGAGCCCGCCAGCAUCGACACCGCCCUCGUCAACGGAGUCGAUGCUGCAGAUGGACCAGCAAUGGUGGGAGGUCACCGUCACGCGAUAGGUGGCAAUCUUUCUCCGAUUCUCAGGGGCGAUAAGGGUAUGACUUUCCAGACAAAGAACAAAGACCAGCUGUUGAGUAGGACGUCAGGCUCUUCCGGUACAGGUGUCGGAAUCGCCUUCGCUGUUCUAUGCCUCCUCGCUGUCGCAAUAGGGGCUGCUGCGUUUGUCCUCAUGAAAUACCGACAUAGCAUCCCGGUUCUCGUUUGGGCCUAAUGGUUAAGCAUUUAUGUAUCUCUAAUGGAUAAUCUAUUACAUUUGAAUAAAGCCUGCCCUUUACUCUUCUGGCAAGGUCCCAGGGGUCUCAGUCAAAUAUAAAUGCUGUAAGCAUAAGUAACCAAAACAAGGCGUAUAAAAGGAUGGGUUGUUUUGUAUAGAUUGGACGCGGUCCGUGCGGUGCGGUGCGGUGCCGCGUUAAGGGGUUAAACACGUCCAUUUUCAAGAAAAGGGUACAUGUUCAAAAAAUUGCUGUUCGCGUUUUAGUCCCGGUACUAUACAUUUAUAUUUUGCUUGGCAUAGUAGAAUAUUAUCUGUUCAUUGUACAUUGUAUACUUUUUGUAAACACUACAUGUACUUUAUAUAAAAUUGAACAAAUUUGAAAUGUAAUUCUUUUUUUCAAAGAAAGGACUUAUGAUGGCUGUGCAUUAAACCCAUUUGGAAGUGUACAGGUUGAUGUUAUUGCUUCUCUAUUGAAAUAAAUGUUUACGUUGUGAAUUUUACAUCAGAAGCGCAAUUUCGUUUAUUUUACAUUGUCAACAAACUUAAAUGGUACUCCCUAUUGCACUUCAAAAUGCUCAAGGGGUUUCAAUUUUACGAAACUUGUUUAGGAGUACACUUUUGUGAAAUACCCGUUAAGGGUAUGAAUUAGGGGUAAACAAAAACACGUGAAAUUCUCAUUUAGGGUGUAUUUUGGCUCCAGAAGAAAUCCUCGUUUAGGGGUGUCUGGAAGACCUGUGGUCACGCAUGCUUACAUUAUUUAUACGUGACUGAGACUCCUAACGGCAAGGUAUACGAAAUAUAUAUAUAGGACUACGCACAUUUCAGACGAAACAAGCUGUAAAACUGUACAUGUUUCUUUCAUUUUACAUUGUUGGUGGUUGGUCAUUGGAAUGAAAAUAAAAAAAUAUGUAUGAUAGCAUUUUUGUAAAACUCUA